AAUAAACAAAAUAUAAACAAAGCGCACGGUCGAAAAUCUGGCCGCGGUUUGUUUCGAACUUUUUUCAAAGAUUUACGAGUGAUUAAUUUAGCUUGAGUUGUUAAAACUACUCCCUGCAAGUCUUUAAAAGUUAAAUACGCUCGGAAACAACAUAACCUUAAAAUAUAACCUGUGCAAAAAUCUCGCACAAGCAGCAGCACCACUAUGUCCGGAAUACUGUUCGAGGAUAUUUUCAACGUGAAGGAUAUGGAUCCGGAGGGUAAAAAGUUCGACCGUUGCAGUCGGUUACACUGCGAGUCAGAAUCUUUCAAGAUGGACCUCAUACUGGACAUCAACUCGUGGUUGUACCCGAUGGAGCUGGGGGACAAAUUUCGUCUGGUUCUUGCGACUACCUUGCACGAAGACGGAACACCAGCCAGCAUGGAGUACAACGCCGCCGAAAUCGAAGGCUCCCGGGCGGACAGCUUCGAGUAUGUGAUGUUCGGCAAAGUGUAUCGGAUAGAGGGUGACGAUGCCCAGUCGGAAUCGGCCAAUCGGCUGUCGGCAUACGUUUCCUUCGGAGGGCUGCUGAUGCGGCUGCAGGGGGACGCCAACAAUCUUCACGGGUUCGAAAUCGAUCAGCACAUGUACCUCCUGAUGAAGAAGCUUGCGUUCUGAACGCUAAUAUUUUUCUUCUCUCGUUUAAUUCAUUGGGUAUACUGGACAUUGUUUUCAAAGCUGGUUUGAAUAAAGUUAGCUGAAUUGGUAAGC